AAUUGUUUUGACUUAAUUCGUUCUGGCAAAUUGACGAAACGAAAAUCAAGACGAAAUAUCGUCUUGACAUUGAGAAGUAGUAUUAUGGUUUAAAAAUUUAGCCAAAUUUAGAUAAAGAAUGGCUCAGCCUUUAGCCUGGAUGCCUGAUUCCCUAUACAAUUAUUCAAUUUCUUCUGUUGUUACUAAUUAUUCAACGUAUGAAAAAGACGUCAGGACUUUUCAUGGCUGUGUUAUUUUUGAUGUAUAUUACAAAUUGUAUAAAGAUGGAUUACUCUAUCAGCUAGGCAAAGAGUUUGAAAAUCUGGAUUUGUUUCAUAAAGUGCUUAAAGUGAGUGAUAAAAGAUUUCUUCUUCAUAAUUGUUUCCAAGCUUUGAUGGAUCAUGGUUAUCAAAUAGCAUAUAAAUUGGCUGAUGGAUAUCGGAAGAAAUGUAUAGAUACAUCAGAUUCUACUGCAGAAAAAAAGGAUAAAGUCGUUGAUCUUGGUUUUUUACUUGGUAGCUUCUUAACAGAUGCUGGUUGGUUUCCUGAAAGUGAGAUUGUUUUUAUCUCUUGCCUUGAAUUGUGCCAGUUAAAUUGUACAUCUACACAUAUGGAAAUGGCAAGAAUUUUAGAUUGUUACAAAAGGUUGCUUCAUGUUCAAAAUGUGUACUGCAAAUUUAAAGAGGCUGGAGUAACUUUCAAAGAAAUUCAAAAUUAUAUUCAGAAAAUUGAUAAUUUACAGCUGAAUAUAAACUUGGGCAGUAUUUACAGUGAAUUUGCUUCUUUUUAUUUCCUACAAAGUAACUACAAAGAGGCUUACAGGUGGAGUGACAAAGCUAUUAAAGAGCUGGAUUCAUCUGUUUCGCAUAGAGAACUUGUUAAAAUCCUUCGUAUUGCUUCUAAAUCAUGUGUUGUGAAGAAACAGUUUAAACAAGCAGAAUUCUUAAUCAAACAAGCUGUUCAAAGGACAAGGGAAAAAUUUGGGGAUAGGAGUCUAAUGUAUGCUGCAACUCUGAUAGAUUUUGGAUAUUUCCUUCUUCAUACAGAUGCAACUGGGCAUGCUAUUGAAGUGUAUCAGAAAGCACUGGAUAUCCAUAUAGAAGUUCUAGGUGGCAGAAAUCUUUUGGUUGCUGCUGUUCAUGAAGAUCUUGCAUAUGCUGCUUAUGUUCAUGAAUACAGCACUGGACGUUUCAAAGAUGCAAGGGAUCAUAUUAAGAAAGCUUCAACUAUCAAAGAAAGUCUUCUUCCAGAAGAUCAUUUUUUGCUUCCAUCAGCCAAACGAGUUCAUGCUUUGAUUGUAGAAGAGAUAGCUAUUGAUAGCCAUGAUAAGGAAUUUCAGGAGCGAUUCUUCGCUGAAGCUGAAGAACUUCAUACUUCAGCACUUCACAUAACACGACAAUGCCUCGGAGAACAGAAUGUGCAAACUGGGAAACAUUAUGGUAAUCUUGGAAGGUUAUAUCAGUCAAUGAGAAAAUUUAAUGAGGCCAGGAAAAUGCAUUUGAAAGCUAUUUCCAUCAAGCAAGAGAUUUUAGGCCCUAAUGAUUAUGAAGUAGCAAUUUCAAUGGGCCAUCUUGCUUCCCUGUAUAACUAUGAUUUGGGUUUAUAUGAAGAAGCUAUAGCACUAUAUAAGAAAGCUAUUGAAAUAGGUUUAAAGCAGUUUGGUAAUGGUUAUAGUGGACUUGAAUAUGAUUAUAGGGGACUGCUAAGUGUUUAUUCUGCUCUUGGUGAUUCUGUUAAUGUUUCAAAAUUACAUGCUGAUUUAAGUGACUGGAAGCUUUUGAGGGAUCAAACUUUAGAAAAAGCUAACAAAACAUCACCACUAAAUAUUGAGUUAGAACUUGUUUCCCCUGAAGAAAUAUAUUCACAUUUUUCAUUACUGCAAUCACACCCAUUUCAGUAGAAAUAAUUAUGUAUAGAGGCCGGUUUUCUUUUGCAAAUUCUGCUAUGUGAACAAUAAAAGUUCAGCAUGUUGUGCAUAAACUUUAUGGCGAUUAUGUAUAUUUUUUGUAAGUAGGAAUGAUUAUUCUAUAAGCUAUGGAAAAAGCUAUAGAUUAAUUUUGAGUUUUGUGAUAGUAAUAUACUUGUAAACUUAACACAUCUGUACAAUAAGAAAUCUGUACUAUAAUUGUAUCAUUAUUUGAGUUGAAAUAAAAGUCUGGUUCCUGUUU